AUGGACACUCUGAAGCCACCCUGUCCCUCGAGGAACCAGGGUUGAGGGAAGAGCAACAGGGACUCGUGGGCCAGGAAGAACUCGGAGCCAGAGCCCCAUUCACUGGAAGCACCAAGAAAUGCAGCCCCCUCACAGGGUCUGACUUUCCUGCUGCUAUUCACAAAGAUGCUUUUUAUUUUUAAUUUUUUGUUUUCCCCACUUCCAACCCCGGCACUGAUCUGCAUUCUGACAUUUGGAGCUGCCAUCUUCCUCUGGCUGAUCAACAGACCUCCUCCAAGUUUACCUCUCACUGACCUGAACCAUCAGUCUGUGGAAACUGAGGGAAGAGCACGGAAAAGUGUUUCCCAGACGGAUGGCUUCCUAUGUUACUACUUCUCAGAUGCCAAGACGUUGUAUGAAAGUUUCCAAAGAGGACUUGCUGUGUCAGACAAUGGGCCCUGCCUGGGAUAUAGAAAACCAAACCAGCCCUACAGAUGGCUGUCCUACAAACAGGUGUCUGAUCGAGCAGAGUACCUGGGCUCUUGUCUCUUGCAUAAAGGAUAUAAGCCAUCACCGGACCAAUUUGUUGGCAUUUUUGCUCAGAAUAGGCCAGAGUGGAUCAUCUCCGAGUUGGCUUGUUACACAUACUCCAUGGUAGCCGUUCCCCUGUAUGACACCUUGGGAGAAGAAGCCAUCAUAUAUAUUGUAAACAAGGCUGAUAUUGCCACAGUGAUCUGCGAUAAGCCUGAAAAGACUGGUGUUCUAGAGAAACUUGUGCUCUUCCCUGGGGCUUCCAUUAUGCCUGAAUAUUGGCUUCGGGCUAUCCAGAAUCUAGGCAGAGAGAACUGCAGAAACCCUGUGCCUCCUAACCCAGACGACCUGAGCAUCAUCUGCUUUACCAGCGGCACUACAGGUGACCCCAAAGGAGCCAUGCUAACCCAUCAAAAUGUUGUUUCAAACGCUGCUGCUUUUCUCAGAUGUGUGGAGCAUAUUUUUCAACCCACCCCUGACGACGUGACCAUAUCCUACCUCCCCUUGGCUCAUAUGUUUGAGAGGGUUGUACAUGUGAGUAUCCUACUUUCCUACCAGGUACAAAAUGAAGCCAAGACACCCUUGAAGAAGUUCUUGUUGAACUGGGCUGUUAACAGUAAAUUUAAGGAAGUGAAAAAGGGUAUUAUCAGGCGUAACAGUUUCUGGGACAAGAUCAUCUUUUCAAAGAUCCAGGCCAGUCUGGGUGGGAAGGUUCGCAUCGUGGUCACUGGAGCUGCCCCCAUCUCCAGUCAAGUCUUGACGUUCCUUCGGGCAGCAAUGGGAUGUCCGGUGUAUGAAGCAUAUGGUCAAACAGAAUGCACAGCUGGCUGUACAUUUACAUCACCUGGGGACUGGACAUCAGGCCAUGUUGGAGCCCCCUUGUCUUGCAAUUAUGUGAAGCUAGAAGAUGUGGUUGACAUGAACUACUUUUCAGCAAACAAUGAAGGAGAGAUCUGCAUCAAGGGCACCAACGUGUUCAAAGGAUACUUGAAGGACCCCGAGAAGACACAGGAAGCCCUGGACAAGGAUGGCUGGCUUCACACAGGAGACAUUGGUCAAUGGCUCCCGAAUGGAACUCUGAAGAUCAUUGACCGUAAAAAGAACAUUUUCAAGCUGGCCCAAGGAGAAUACAUUGCUCCAGAGAAGAUAGAAAAUAUCUACAUCAGGAGUAGACCAGUGUUACAAGUUUUUGUACACGGGGAAAGCUUACAGUCAUCCUUAGUGGGCGUGGUGAUUCCUGACCCAGAUGUGCUUCCCUCGUUUGCAAACAAGCUUGGGGUUAAGGGCACCCUUGAAGAACUUUGUCAAAGCCAAGUCGUAAAGGGAGCCAUUUUAGAAGACUUGCAGAAUGUCGGGAAACAAAGUGGCCUUAAAUCUUUUGAACAGGUCAAAAACAUUGUUCUUCACCCAGAGCCAUUUUCCAUUGAAAAUGGGCUCUUGACACCCACAUUGAAAGCAAAGCGUGGAGAGCUUUCCAGACGCUUUCGGACCCAAAUUGACAGCCUGUAUAAGAACAUCCAGGAGUAGGUUAAGUUUGCUGCUGAGCUGGAAGCUGUGCAGGAAGGAGUUGAAACAUAUGUCCAGUGAACUUUUCCAGUAAAUAAAGCAAGCACUGAAUAA